CGACAUUGUAUCAUUUCCGUUUUCUGUUUUGACCAUGAGUACCAAGCUUGGCAAGCAUGACGUUAACGGCACCGAGAAUUACACGAGCCAUUCUACAAGGACAGAUCGGACUAAAAUGUCUUCAUUUUCCUUGAAUCUCAGAAAGUAUUUUGUGGCCCUCCGUCCGUGGUCUUUUACUGCAUCAUUGACGCCAGUGGCCUUGGGAAGCACCCUUGCCUAUAAAAGUACAGGGGACUUCAGUAUCAGUGUCUUUUUGGUGACUUGUCUGUCAGCAUUGUCAGUUCAUGCAGCUGGGAACUUAGUGAACACUUAUUUUGAUUAUCUGAAAGGCAUAGACAGCAAAAAGACCAGUGAUGACAGAACAUUGGUGGAUAAUGUUCUACCCCCAGCUGUUGUUUCAAAUCUAGGAGCAUUAUUUUACAUAGUAGGAUGUCUUGGAUGUUUCGUAUUGACAAUCAUCUCUCCAGCAAAGAUGGAACAUCUUGCUCUCAUGUAUUUUGGAGGACUGUCUUCGAGUUUUCUGUACACAGGUGGUCUUGGACUGAAGUAUAUCGCCCUAGGAGACUUGCUGAUAUUUCUCACGUUUGGACCACUGACCGUCAUGUUUUCAUAUCUUAGUCAAUCAGGUCAGUUAUCUAUGAUGCCAAUUCUGUAUGCACUGCCACUGGCUCUGAACACUGAAUCGAUUCUGCAUGCCAACAAUACUAGAGACAUGGAAUCAGAUCGAAAAGCUGGCAUCGUCACCAUGGCCAUACUUCUUGGGAAAACUGGAUCAUAUUUCUUCUUUGCAUUUCUAUUAUUUGUGCCAUUCAUUAUGUUUGUGUUGAUGGGACUCCAUUUCUCAUUUUGGAUGUUUAUACCUUUGAUAUGUGUUCCAGAGGCCUUCAAUUUAGAGCGUGUUUUUCGAGAUGACAAUUUGCAAAAACUUCCACAGAAAGUAGCUAAAUUGAAUUUACUAUUAGGAAUUUUAUAUACUGUAGGUUGCAUCUUAUCUACCAAAACUGCUUUUGUUCUAUAAAUAGUAUCUAGAUGUUGUUCAUUUUGUGAUUUUGGUUUUGUUUUACUUUUUAAAAAAAUAUACUUUUCUAAUUUGACAUGCAAGUUAUAUUGCAUAAUUUAACUUCAAUUGAGACAUUACAAUCAGUACCGGGUAGAUAUUUUAUGGAUCGUAAAAAUUGCUUGUGAUUUACAGUAUACCAGCAUUAUAUUAAUUUGCAUGCAAUGUUCACAAUGUAUAUUUAUUAGCCAUGACUCAUGAAUAUUUGUCAAUCUGUGUAAACAUACUGUAAAUUCAUUGUGCAUUUAUUAAAAAUGACUGAAGCUUUCAA